UGUACAUCGGCUUGGCUGGACAUCAUAACAAUCGCGAUCCCACGUAUCGUCCCUUCUUCCCCCCACUCCCCCCCGGCCUCUUCUCGUCUUGCUCGUGUGGGUGAGAGCUGUUGGUAGUCCUGGACCGGCUAUCUUCCAGUCAUUAUCUCUUUCCUCGUUGUUCAUUACACAAUCCCUCGUCUUGCAUCGCAUCCUCCGGGGAUUUCUCUAUCGUGCUCCCUCUUAUGCCCCGCCGGUCCUAAGCGCCAGCGCUACGCCCAGAUCUAGACGCUCCCUCCUCCCAGAGCACCACCAUCCGCGCCCUAGACCCUGCCAUUUGCUACCCUAUUAGCCUACACCCAGCCUCUGGCUAGCAAUUGACAUCUUUCUGAGUCUCUGUUCACAUUAGUUUUGGAAUUAACGCGGAUAGCGAAGCCACUGGAACAAAAUGUCGCUCUCACCAGAGGCUCGUGUGCAGUUUACUCCGAUCAUCGAUUCGAUCUUAGCAAAAAGCGACCUGAAUACCAUCUCCGAGAAGCGCAUUCGCAAAGGCCUUCAGGAAGAGAUCGGAUAUGACCUUACCCCGCAAAAGGCUGCCGUCAAGCAGCUUAUCAUGGAACGUUUCGACAUCUUUGCGGCAAGAGGGGGCAUUGUAGCUGCACCCGAGCCGGCUGUGACUGCUGUCACAACCACCAAUGGCCAUGGCCCCAGCCAUGGCUCCGAAACGCCCCCUGCGGACCCAUCGUCUCCUGCACAGUCCUCGAUUUCUCACAAACGCCAAGCGGAUAGUGAGGAUAACUCGGACCUUUCGAGCAAGACGCCCCCAGCAAAGAAGAAGAAGCCGGACAACGAUAUUGAUGCGGACGCUCUGUACGCUGCAAAGCUACAGGCCGAGGAGAAUAUGCGCGCUCGUCAAACCCGUGGGGGCAAUGCGCGCCGAGCUCCUCCCGUGAAGAAGAAGACCAAGGCGAAGACGUCUAAGAAGGUCAAGGCGGAAGAUGACUCUGACCUUGAGUCGGGCUCAGAAUCGGGAAAGAAAGUCAACCGGUCCGGCGGUUUUCAUAAACCACUCACUCUUUCACCAGCGCUCUCUGCUCUGUUGGGUGGCGAGGUUACUCUUUCUCGUCCGCAGACCGUCAAGCGACUCUGGCAGUACAUUCACGAGCAUAAUCUUCAAGACCCUAGUGAUAGGCGACAGAUCUGCUGCGACGACGCAAUGCGCGCAGUCUUCAAGCAAGACCGUAUACAUAUGUUCACCAUGACCAAAAUUCUGAGUCAGAACUUAUAUAGCCCUGACGAAUGACCUGUUUCCGUUGAUCGAGAACUACGGUGACCGGUAGCCUUCAGGACAGGGCAGCCUGCGGCGAAUAUGUUGCUGCACUUACGACCAUCUUAUUUCCACUCAUUGCACCGCAUAAGGAGACCCGGCGCUACAUUGCUUGUUUCUUAUUUAUUCUCUCAUUGCCCUCUCAUAGUGUCUCAUCCUUGGCUCUUUUCUUUUCCCUUCUCCUGAUAUUACUUACUGAUAUUGUCAUUGGCGAGAUGCUUGCCUCCUGUUUCCUUUUGUUGAUUUGACUAGUUUCUCUCCAGCGGGAGUUGGUGCUGCCUUUGAAAUAGGCGCGAUGGAUAAUUCUAUUUAGAGAUCAUAUAUGAUUCUGAUGGUGGGCUCAUAUAGCCUGUCGCCUUCCAGC